AUGAGUACUCAAAGCAUUAAUCAUACGUUAAAGUCAAAAACUUUAAAAGAAAUAGAUAUCGAACAAAUACAUGAAAUCAAUCCGUUCAGUAAAUUCGUUAACGGCCAAAGAGUAGUAGAAAUCCCACAAUUACAACUGGAAUCCGGUAUAACGAUAAAUAAUUUCCCAAUCGCUUAUAAAACCUGGGGGAAUCUAAAUGAAACAGGUGACAAUGUAUUAGUGAUCUGCCAUGCUCUAACAGGUUCCUCAGAUGUAGCUGACUGGUGGGGACCCUUACUAGGUGACGAUUUGGCUUUUGAUCCUUCCAGAUUCUUCAUUAUAUGUUUGAAUUCCAUGGGGUCUCCCUAUGGCUCUUUCUCCCCAUUGUCUAUCGACGAAACAACCGGACAAAGAUACGGUCCUGAGUUCCCAUUAUGUACAGUCCGUGAUGACGUAAGAGCUCACCGCAUUGUGCUCGAUUCUUUAGGUGUUACGUCUAUAGCAUGUGUCAUUGGUGGCUCCAUGGGUGGAAUGCUCGCACUUGAAUGGUGUGCUAUCUACGGCAGAGACUAUGUGAAAAACCUGGUUGCUUUGGCAACCUCUGCAAGACAUUCCGCUUGGUGUAUAUCCUGGUCCGAAGCACAGAGACAGUCAAUAUAUUCAGAUCCAAACUAUUGUGAUGGGUAUUACUCCUUGGACAACCCUCCAUCUGUUGGCCUUUCGGCUGCCAGAAUGUCUGCAUUGCUGACAUACAGAUCAAGGGACAGUUUCGAAAAUAAGUUCUCCAGGCGAAUCCCCUCUGCAUCACAACAACAAAAGACAGCUUCUUUGAAGGAUGAACCUUAUCCGUUACAUCGUGAACCUUCUACUGUUAAUGAACAAAGUCUACAGAUCCAUAACGAUGGUAUAUCCAGUUUAAAUAGCGCAAGACUGACUGCACAUUGUCAAGAACAGAAUAGAGAUAGUCCCAUAACUAGAAGGAACAAUAGCACAUCAUCAUCUAAUUCCUCUAUUACUUCUAUAACGUCUAUAAGUUCAGCAGUCGUUGGCGAAGUAAAAGAGACUAAACCAGCACAGACAUAUUUCUCUGCACAAAGUUAUUUGCGUUACCAAGGAACGAAAUUUGUCAACAGAUUCGACGCUAACUGCUACAUUGCCAUCACAAGGAAAUUAGAUACCCAUGAUCUUACACGUGAUAGGGAAGAGUAUGAUGAAAAUAUCGAACAAGUGUUGAAUUCUAUGGACCAACCUUCCUUGAUUAUUGGCAUCAGUUCGGACGGUCUCUUCACUUACUCAGAACAGGAAUUCCUGGCAGAACAUUUAAAGAAUGCUCACUUGGAGAAAAUAACGUCACCGGAGGGCCAUGAUGCAUUUCUAUUAGAGUUCAAAUUGAUUAAUGAAUUAAUUGUGAAAUUUUUGCGUAAGAACUGUUCCCAAUUUACCAGCAGCAAACCAAGGGAAUGGGUUGGAAAUCCUGGAAAGGAUGAAAAUACUACUUCUGUGUUUGGUGAGGCUGAAGAAGUGACUAAUUGGUAG